CGCCUGCAGGAGUUCAGGGUGGGAGGGUGCCCCAAAGGCGCUGGGCUGUAACGCUCUGGAAAGCACAGGCGGCAACCACUCCCUCCAGGGAAGCCAGUCUCAGUGCCCCCGGCGCGGCCCUGCGCUUCCCCUCUCGCCCGCCGGAGCUGGAGCCGGGAAAGGCGACAGGGACGCCUACCCCCUCCCCCCGCGCCUGGGGCGUGUGCUUGCCGCUCCCAGGUGGUCACGCUCCCUGCACCUGCGGACCUAGUUCCCAGGCCCGUGAAGAGUGGAAAGCAGCCCGUUUCCUGCUCCGCCCUGUUCUCCUGAGACCACUGCACAGUCCAGUCCUGUCCCGGCUGCUUCACCCCCUGGGGACACAGUCUCCAGUAGCGGCCCCGUCCCCACUCCCCGAACUGCCGGUCCCAGGAGCUCCGUUGGCCUGCUGUCCUCGGCGACAUUUCCAGUUUUAGAUAAUGCAUCACAUCUCUGCGCCCCCGGGGCCCCCAGGGCCCCCAUGAUCUGGAAGAAGACAGCUUGAACCAAGAGCUCUCCUCUCCUCCCAGACCUCAGCCCAGGAUGUUGCGGCGGCUGCUGGAGCGGCCCUGCACGCUGGCCCUGCUCGUGGGCUCCCAGCUGGCCGUCAUGAUGUACCUGUCACUGGGGGGCUUCCGGAGCCUCAGCGCCCUAUUUGGCCGAGAGCAGGGGCCCACAUUUGACUAUGCUCAUCCCCACGAUGUCUACAGUAACCUCAGCCACCUGUCAGGGGCCCCUGCUGUUGCCCCGGGCGGCCCUCUGGCUCCUCAAGGUCUGCCAUACUGUCCAGAACGGUCUCCUUUCUUAGUGGGUCCUGUGUCCGUGUCCUUUAGCCCAGUGCCAUCGCUGGCAGAGAUUGUGGAGAGGAACCCCCGGGUGGAAGUGGGGGGCCGGUACCGCCCUGCAGGGUGUGAGCCCCGCUCCCGGACAGCCGUCAUCGUGCCACACCGGGGCCGGGAGCACCACCUGCGCCUGCUGCUCUACCACCUGCACCCCUUCCUGCAGCGCCAGCAGCUGGCAUACGGCAUCUACGUCAUCCACCAGGCUGGAAAUGGAACUUUUAACAGGGCAAAGCUGCUGAAUGUGGGGGUCCGGGAGGCCCUGCGUGACGAAGAGUGGGACUGCCUGUUCUUGCACGACGUGGACCUCCUGCCAGAGAAUGACCACAACCUGUAUGUGUGUGACCCCCGGGGGCCCCGGCAUGUGGCUGUCGCCAUGAACAAGUUUGGAUACAGCCUCCCAUACCCCCAAUACUUUGGAGGGGUCUCAGCGCUCACUCCCGACCAGUACCUGAAGAUGAACGGCUUCCCCAAUGAAUACUGGGGCUGGGGUGGUGAGGAUGAUGACAUUGCUACCAGGUCAGACAUCCUGACGCAUCUCCCUCCCUUUCCCCGGCCUGAAUCCCCAUCCUGAGGCCACCCCUGGCCACAGCCCUUUAGUACUAACCUUCGCAUGCAGGGCCUGCACUGUGCUGUGCCUCUCCUGUCUCCUCUCCCUGACCCCACCAUGACCCUCAGUCUCCUAGAUCUGUAGGCUACAGUAUCCUGGGACCCCAGAGCAGAAAGGGGCCUACAGCCCGCUCGGUACUCCUGCCAGCGUUGCAUCCAGACCACUUCCUAUGUGGCCAGGGAGGAGGCACUCAUAGAACCAAGAAUCACUUUUUUUUCCCUAAAGCCUCUGCCAUUGGCAUGAGGCCAACUCAUGUUUCAUAUGUGGAACAUUUGACCCUCAGGCUCAGCUGACCCAAUUUCCUAUCUGUGGUUUGAAUAUUUGGGCUUGAUAUACUGGAUCCAUUGCCUCCUCUCCCUUGAGUCCUGAGUGGCGUCUCUGAAUUCUUUUUAAGUGUAAAGCACCCAGCAGUUUCUCAAUGUGCUCUUCCCAGGCCACCUUCCCU